GUUGAGUUUGACGUAGACAGUUUAUUGGUCUCUGGUAGACAGCAACAGUAUUGCAGACAGAUUGUAGACGGCGCGGAGCAAAAGAAAAAAGAGUCGUUCGAAAGCGAAGUUUUGAAUUAGUAUCAAAGUCCUUAAGUUAGGACGAGUAAGAAAUUUAUUUAUGAAGCCAAUAAGAAUUUAUUUACCUUCUCUGGGGUUGUGCUAGCAAUUCCAAUAUGAUGACAAUGCAAAGGGUGGAAAACUUUAUCCUGAAGCAAAUCUCAAAUGCACCAUGGUUUAUUACAACAAAUUAAGUCCAUGAAAUUCUCAACAUACCAUUUAUGAAAAAAGAAAUAAUGUUAUGCAAUGCUAAAUACAAAGUACAACUACAAAAGCACCCCAACCAACUCGCGGGUCAAAUCACCAUAUCCGAAAGCAUACAUUGGCUAAAAAAGCAAUGUGACAUCUUUGAUAAGGAUAACCAGUAAAACUUAAACUUCCCCAAGAAAGCGCAUACUCCACUGGGGGUAGCGCCCUAUAUUCCUCCGACUCUAACAUCUCAUCUGCUCAUAGUCAAAAGGACUGAUCGCAUGAAAAAAUAUGUGUAUUAUAAGAUUUUUCGCCUCUGAGGCAUUUAGUGCUCAUAAAACCAAAGAAAUAGUACAGAAGUUGAUAUCUGUUGAUAAUGAUGUGAUUGAUUUAACUACGGAACUGUGCUACCACGUGGAGCUGAAUGAAGGCUGUGACUAUCUGAAUAUUGAACAAAUCAAAGUCUUGAAAUGGCUUUUAAGUUCACCACUUCAACCACAAGCUUUGAGAAAUAAUACGCAAUUCAAAAAUGUGGAAGACAAUCAGAUUGUGAUUGAAAUUGGACCAAGAUUCAACUUUUCAACAGCGGAUUCAAGUAACUCUGUACAGAUUUGUGAGAGUGUAGGCCUCAAUGACAUUGUGCGUCUUGAGGUGUCCAUCAGGUAUCUUAUCACAUUUCAAAAUGCUAAAAACGUGUCUGCAAAAAUGUAUGAAGACUUGGCUGCACCACUACAUGACAGGAUGACACAAUGCAUAUACACAAAGGACAAUUUGCCACGAAACUCUUUCAAUGAAGGGUUGCCUAAAAAUUUGGAAUCAUGGUAUGUGGUACCUUUACUCAAAGAGGGUAGAAUGGCCAUGGAAAAAGUAAAUAAAAAAUUAGGGUUGGCGUUUGAUUCUUGGGACAUGGAUUUUUACAUGGAUUUGUUUGUUAACAAGUUGAAGAGAGAUCCAACAAGUGUUGAGUUGUUUGAUCUUGCUCAAAGUAACAGUGAACAUUCGCGGCAUUGGUUUUUCAAGGGGAAGAUAAUUUUAGAUGGCAAAGAAAUCAAUCAGUCACUUAUAGAUAUGGUUGCCUCCACACAAGAAACAUCAAAUAACAAUAAUGUCAUAAAGUUUGGUGAUAACAGCAGUGCAAUUAAAGGGUUUAAGCAUACUAAACUGAGACCGAGUAAUGUCGGAGUUCCUUCUCAAAUGAUAUUGGAGGAGACUGAGUCUGAUAUUAUAUUCACUGCGGAGACACACAACAUGCCGACAGCUGUGGCACCGUUUAGUGGUGCUACUACUGGCACUGGUGGGCGUAUAAGGGACGUGCAAGGUGUGGGCAGAGGCGGUCAUACUGUCGCUGGUACUGCUGGAUACAGCGUCGGCAAUUUGCACAUACCAGGUUAUGAUUUACCCUGGGAAGAGAAAGGUUGGGACUAUCCACACAACUUCGCCUCACCGUUACAAAUUAUUAUCGAAGCUAGUAAUGGGGCUUCUGACUACGGAAAUAAAUUCGGCGAACCAGUUGUAACAGGUUUCGUGCAAUCAUAUGGUUUAAAAAAUCCGGAUAACGAACGCGACGAAUUUGUGAAACCAAUCAUGUUCAGUGGAGGCAUUGGUUAUAUGCCACAUUCAAUGAUCAAAAAGAAUAAACCGGAUAAAGGCAUGUUGUUAGUGAAAGUGGGCGGUCCGGUGUACCGCAUCGGCGUGGGGGGCGGCGCCGCGUCCUCGGUGGCGGUGCAGGGCGGCGACUCCAGGGAUGCACUCGACUUCGGAGCCGUACAGAGAGGAGAUGCAGAAAUGGGCAAUCGCCUUAACCGAGUUGUACGAGGAUGCUUGGAAUCGGAUGUGAACCCAAUUGAAUCAAUACACGACCAGGGCGCGGGUGGCAACGGUAACGUGUUAAAAGAACUUGUGGAGCCAGAGGGCGCUGUAGUGUUCACCAAGGAGUUCCAGCUCGGGGACCCCACCAUCACCACGCUUGAACUGUGGGGCGCAGAGUAUCAAGAGAAUGACGCGUUACUUUGCAGCAAGGAAAACAGGCAGAUUCUUGAAGAUAUAUGCCGUCGUGAGCGCUGUCCAGUAUCGUUCGUGGGCGAAGUGACAGGCGACGGUUAUGUCAGUCUCGUAGAAGAUUCGUACAAAGACAAGUAUCUGAACAGGUCUGAAAGACUUAGCGCUGAGAAUAAGUCUAAAUUGCCUUAUGAUUUGCAUUUGGAAGCCGUUUUAGGUAACAUGCCGCGAAAAACGUUUGACUUACAUCUGGAAAAGAAGACGAAAUUGCCUUUAUCCUUGCCAAAAGACAUCACAGUUGAAAGUGCUCUAAACAGAGUACUAAGGCUUGUCAACGUAGCAAGCAAGAGAUAUCUUACGAACAAGGUGGACCGCUGCGUGUCCGGGCUGGUGGCGCAGCAGCAGUGCGUGGGGCCGCUGCACUCGCCGCUGGCCGACUGCGCCGUCAUCGCGCUCGCGCACCGCGGCCGCGCCGGCGCCGCCACCUCGCUCGGCUCGCAGAACAUCAAGGGGCUGCUCGACCCCGCCGCCGGCGCGAGGCUCUCGCUCGGGGAGGCCUUUACUAAUCUGGUGUUCGUGGGCAUAUCUGAGCUGGAGGACGCGAAGUGUUCGGGCAACUGGAUGUGGUCGGGCAAGACGGGCGGCGCGGGCGGCGCGCUGGUGGCGGCGUGCGGCGCGCUGUGCGCGGCCAUGCGGCGCCUCGGCGUGGCGGUGGACGGCGGCAAGGACUCGCUGUCCAUGUGCGCGCACCUGCCCAGCGGACCCGUGAAGUCACCCGGAACAUUGGUGGUGUCCGCCUACGCACCGUGUCCUGAUAUAACUGUAAAGAUUGAACCUGCCUUACUAGAGGAAGGUUCAGCCCUUGUGUACGUGCCGGUUUCUUCAGGAAAGUACAGGCUCGGUGGUUCUGCGUUGGCGCAAUGUUACAAGCAACUUGGCGACACCCCACCAGAUCUUGAUGACCCUGCUAUUCUUAAAUCACUAUUUAAAGUGACGCAAAAGUUAUUAAAAGAAAAGAAAUUACUAUCCGGCCACGACAUUAGUGAAGGAGGCUUUGUGACGACUGUCCUAGAAAUGGGCAUCGGCGGUCUCCGAGGUCUGACACUCGAUAUGAAGGUGGACAAUAACGUUUCGGCUAUAGAAGCGUUGUUCAAUGAAGAACUCGGAAUUGUACUUGAAGUGUCGCCAAGUAAUUUAGCGUAUGUGCUUUCUGAAUAUAAGAAUAAAGGUGUGAAUGCCUCGCACAUAGGUCAUUCAGGGAAAUAUGGCAUGGAUGCACAGGUUAUUAUUAACGUUAAUGGAGAAAAAGUUUUAGACACAGUCCUGAUAAACGUAUUUAGAAUGUGGGAGGAGACAAGCUAUCGCUUGGAAUGUUUGCAGGCUAAUUCUGAUUGUAUUCAGCAGGAAUGGAAAGGUCUUUCAAAACGUAAGGGUGUAACAUACCGCGUCACAUUCAGCCCCUCAGAAGCUAUUGUGAAAACGAAACCUGUUAGGGUCGCUGUACUUCGAGAGGAAGGCACAAAUGGCGACAGGGAAAUGAUAGCGUCUCUCAUGAUGGCCAACUUUGACGUGUUCGAUGUCACAAUGAGCGAUUUGCAGACGAAGAAAAUUACAUUGGACGCUUUCCAAGGGCUCGUGUUCCCUGGUGGUUUCAGUUAUGCAGAUACGUUGGGAUCGGCCAAGGGCUGGGCUGCAGGUAUAAUGUUCUCGGAAUCGCUCAGUUCACAAUUCGCUCACUUCAAGGAGCGUAAGGACAGUUUCUCGUUGGGCGUGUGUAACGGUUGUCAAUUAAUGGCGCUGCUCGGCUGGAUUGACCCAGAUACUAACACCAAACGGGCCAACAAGGCGCAAAUAUUCCUCGACCAUAACAAUUCGGAAAGAUUUGAAUGUCGUUGGAGCGCGGUGAAAAUAAGUGAAAACAAAAACAAUAACGUAUGGUUCCGCGGUAUGGGAGGCAGCGUGUUGGGUGUGUGGGUCGCCCAUGGAGAGGGAAGGUUCACUGUCGCCGAGCCUCAGAUCUUUGAAAAGUUGCAAAAGAAUGGACAGAUCGCAAUGCAGUAUGUAGAUGAUGAUGGCAACCCAACUGAAGUGUAUCCUAUGAACCCCAAUGGCAGUCCAGAGGGCGUGGCGGGCGUGGUGUCCGCGGACGGGCGGCACGUGGCCAUGAUGCCGCACCCCGAGCGCUGCGUGCUGCGGUGGCAGUGCGCCGCGCCCCCCGCGAGCCCCGCCUCCGUCACCCCCGCGCCGCCAGCCGACGCCGACGACAUAGCCAACAUGGCCUCCCCCUGGCUGAGAUUAUUCCAGAAUGCCUAUGUUUGGGCCACCAAACAAUAAACAUUUUUCUGAUAAUUUAUACUGUCUAUUUUCUAAUAAUUCUAAUACGAAAAAGCACAUUUUUCUGUGUACUUUUUGUCUAAUAUAAUAGUAAUUGCUGUAUUAAUUAUUUAGUUUAUAUGAAACUUUUAUAUAAAUCGGUAUUUGGCUUGAAUCUUGGGCUAUUAAAGUUGAAUCUGCCAAGUGCUGAGACUUUUGUUGGCAUAUUUAUAGCAAUUUAAAUCAUUAUUAUAUCCCACAGCUGUUUAUUGACAGCUUUCGAAUAUUAAAGUAAUUGUUUUUAUGAAAUAAGACUCAUAUGAUUCCAUGUAUUUGUGCCUUAGUAAUGAGAUAAGCAUAAAUUAAGCUAAAUAAUCAUAUUACUACAAACUAAUUUUGAUAUGAACAUAUUCAGGAUAAUGUGAACAUCAAUUUUAUAAGUAUGUGCUUAUAAUAAAGUUAUAUGGACUCUUUAUUAAGUAGUUUUAACUGAGUAGUAUCAAUCUGAUCUUAUUUUGGAGAAUAAUUAACUGGUACUUCUCCUAGAAAUGUACACAUCAUAAGGCAGAUCUGUGAGCAAUUAUUAGUAAAUAUUUUUUGAUCUGAUUCAUGAGUUCAUGCGUUACACAAUAAAUCUGAAAUAUAAACCUAUUAUACAGUUGCUAACAAAAUUAAGUACAAGAUUUUAUGUGUAAUAUAAUAUAAUAUAAUUUGUUUAUAAAUUUUAAAAAAAUACCCUAAUGAACGAAUUACAUUAUUUUCUAGUAAUAACUUUUCAUUCCAUUUUUAUUUAAGAAAAUAAAAAUAAUGUCUUCCAAUAUUCUAAAUUAGUGUGUAGACAGACCAACAUUUACAAAACAUCUACAAUUAUAUUAUUAUUAAUGUA